CUGCCUGAAGCCAGGCAGCCUCGGGCCGCUUCUCAAGCCGGGGCUCCCGAGGCGUUUCCAUGGAUCAUGGCUUUGGAAGCGGCCCCCUUGUCCCGACUGAAAAGCCGCCGCGACGCCUUGCUGCGCAAAGGGGUGAGCUUUGACUGCCAAAGCGAGGAAGACAACUCUGUCUCCGAGGAUCUGGGUUGCAGAAGGGGAGAAUUCAGCAGAAAGCAUUAUGGAUCGGUAGAGCUGCUCAUUUCCAGCGAUGCCGAUGGAGCGAUCCAAAGAGCUGGCCGGUUCCGAGUGGAAAACGGCUCGGUGGAUGAGAAUGCGGAUUACGCCCCCGGGACGUGGCACCGAACGGACGUCCAUUUGGAGAAUCCCGAAUACCACACCAGAUGGUACUUUAAGUAUUUCCUCGGAAAAGUUCACCAAAACUAUGUAGGAACAGAUGCAGAAAAGAACCCCUUCUUUCUGUCUGUCGUGCUCUCUGACCAGAAUAAUCAGCGUGUUCCUCAAUAUCGAUCAAUCCUCUGGAGAAAAACAGGUACUCAGAAAAUAUGCCUCCCUUACAGUCCUACGAAAACUUUAUCUGUGAAAUCUAUCUUAAGUGCCAUGAACCUUGACAAAUUUGAGAAAGGCCCAAGAGAAAUUCUUCACCCCGAAAUUCAAAAGGAUUUAUUGGUUCUUGAAGAGCAAGAGGGCUCUGUCAAUUUUAAGUUUGGGAUUCUCUACGCCAAAGAUGGGCAGCUAACAGACGACGAGAUGUUCAGCAAUGAAAUGGGCAGUGAGAGCUUUCAGAAAUUCUUGAGUCUCUUGGGAGACACCAUUACAUUGAAGGGCUGGACUGGCUACAGAGGAGGACUAGACACGAAAAAUGACACCACUGGCAUCCAUUCCAUGUACACCGUCUACCAAGGGCAUGAGAUAAUGUUUCAUGUUUCGACCAUGCUUCCAUAUUCGAAAGAGAAUAAACAACAGGUGGAAAGAAAGCGACACAUCGGGAAUGAUAUCGUCACUAUCGUGUUCCAGGAAGGCGAAGAGUCGUCUCCAGCCUUUAAACCAUCCAUGAUCCGCUCUCACUUCACACAUAUUUUUGCCUUAGUGAGAUAUAAUAAGCAAACGGAUAGUUACAGGCUAAAAAUCUUCUCAGAAGAAAGCGUGCCUCUCUUUGGACCGCCCCUUCCAUCCCCGCCAGUAUUUACGGACCACCAUGAAUUCAGGGACUUUCUGCUGGUGAAAUUAAUCAAUGGGGAGAAGGCGACGCUGGAAACCCCCACCUUUGCUCAAAAGCGCCAGCGCACGCUGGACAUGUUGAUUCGCUCCUUAUACCAGGACCUCAUGCCCGACAUGCACAAGAACAUGCUCAACCGGAGAUCCUUCAGCGACGUCUUACCCGAAUCCCCCAAGUCGGCCCGGAAAAAAGAAGAGGCUCGCCAAGCUGAGUUUGUCCGCCGUGGCCAGGCCCUCAAACUCAAAACCAUCGUCCGAGGUGAUGCUCCGGCCAUUCUAGCGACUACCAGCCUCUGUAAAAAGGAGCCCUGGGAGUCCCAGUGCUUCUGCAGCAAUUUCCCCCACAAGGUCAUCUGUGCAGAUUCUUGGGGCCAGUCCUUGCUUGUUUCGACAGACGUUGGGGUCCUGCUCUUAGACGAUGGACACCCUCCGAUCCCAGUGUUUGAUAAAACUUUACUCAUCAAACAGAUGCACAUUCUGGAGACUCUGGACCUUCUGAUCACACGAGCAGAUAAAGGGAAGGACGCUCGCCUUCUCGUCUUCCGGCUCAGCGCCGUGCGGAAAGGCAUCGAAGCCCAGCAGGUGAAGGGCAAAUGCGACAGUCGAGACAACAAGCUGGAGAAGACGAAAGGCUGCCAUUUGUAUGCCAUCAACACCCACCACGCGAGCGAGCUGCGAAUCGUGGCGGCCAUCCGGAACAAGCUCCUCCUCAUCACCCGGAAGUUCUGGCAGUGGGAAGGGCUGAAUGGCGGGGCCCCCUCGACGUCGCCUCAUUCGGAAUCUCCUGUGGAGGAAUUCCAGUACAUCAGGGAGAUCUGCCUGUCGGACCCUCCGGUCGUCAUGACCCUGGUGGACGGCCCCACGGGAGAGAACGACAACCUGAUCUGCGUCGCCUACCGGCACCAGUUCGAUCUGAUCAACGAGAGCACGGGUGAAUCCUACCGGCUGCAUAAUGUCGAAUCAAGCAGGGUUAAUUUUGUUGCAGCUAUUGAUGUGUACGAAGACGGUGAGGCCGGCCUCCUCUUGUGCUAUAACUAUGUUUGCUACUAUCGCAAAGUGUGCCCUUUCAAUGGAGGCUCCUUCCUGAUCCAACCUUCAGCCUCUGACUUCCAUUUCAGCUGGAACCAAGUUCCGUAUGCGAUCGUUUGCGCCUUCCCUUACAUCUUGGCGUUCACCACCGAUUCCAUCGAGAUCCGGCUAGUAGUGAACGGAAACCUCGUCCAUACGGCCGUGGUCCCUGCUCUCCAGCUCGUGGCGUCGAGGUCAGACAUCUACUUCAAAGCGGCCACGCCAGUGAGCGAACCUUCGAACAGCAGCUCCAAGGAAACCACGUCACCCAGUUCCCCGCAGACGACGCCGGUUCACGAAAUCCCUGUCUUCUCGCCUUCUGCCACCGAAGGUGAAGCUCUGUGCAAACAUCUGUACAAAAUCCCCCUCAGCAACCUGGUUGGCAGGAGCAUUGAGCGGCCGCUCAAAUCCCCCUUGGUCUCCAAAGUGAUUGGCACUCCAACAUCUGCCGGUGGCGCCUCCAUCCCCAUCACACCUUCCCUCCCAUUGUCGCGCAUCGAGAUCAAGGAAAUCGCGAGCCGCACACGCAAGGAGUUACUUGGCCUCUUAGAGGAGUCUGUUCCCAAGUCAGAAGGAGGACAAAAACAGAAGAAGCCCCCUCUGAAACCAUCGGAUUCCAAGCAGGGAGCCGUACGGUCGACGAGCAGUGACAGGCUCGUUGCAAGCUCCUUCGACAGCGCGUCCGAAGACCGCCACUUCUCCACCAGUUCGGACCCCGACACGGCCACCCGGGACGAGAGCCCCCCUUCCGGCAGCCCCUUUCAACUCGGGGCUUCCUUUGAUGAAGACAUCAUUGACUUGAAAUGAAAGACGGGCGGGAGACGCAGCAGCCACGUAACACACGUCGACACCUACGCCCACCUCUCUGGGCUGCCCCCCCCCAACCUUUUCUCUCUCCCCCCACCGCCCUCAAUUUUGUAUGACUCUUUAAACAUUACAGGGGCCUCAAACUGCACUUUCUGUUCAUUUUGGAAGUGGCAAGUAGAGCCCCAUCCGGUUUUGGCAUGCCCAGUAUUUUUAACUUGUGGAGGGAGGGGAACCAGGAGGUUUUUUUGGGGGGGAGGCGUAUGCUUGGUGUUCUUCUUCUUAAGUAGCAGAGCUGCCACCGGCCCGUAGCCGACAGAGUUAGUUUUACUUAGUGCAAUCCCCAUCCUUUUGCAUGUGAGUCCAUCUUUUGCAAGACUUUUGAAAAAAAGCUUGAAAUUCGAGCGGUUCCUUGCAAAGUCAACGGCCGACAGAAUGGCUCAGAGGAAGGGCUGCAUCUUGCCCACGAUGCUUGUGGAAGGAAGCUGGCGGCUAUGCUCUCUUAAAGAGGCAGGAGAGGCAGGGAAUAAGGGCUGUUGACCUGUUUUUAAUCGGACACCCCCCCCAAAAUGGAUUUCGGUUCCAUACAGCUCUUUUUUUUUGCCUCCCAUCUUUGAGUUCGGACGGAGCCCUUUUUUGGUAAAGGGCGGAUACUAUGUCCUUGUUCCUCUUCCUACUUUUUUGUUCAGGAAGGCGCUUGGAGGAACACGGAUCUCAUGCUUCCUCCUUGGGAAAGGGUGGGUGGGUAGGUGUGGUGGGGGCUCUUCUAGCACAUACCUAGCAGACGUUUCCUUAAAUUUAAAGCCUUUGAAACCAAUCGAACCUUUGUUUCUCUCUCACACACCCCCAGAUCUGUGCCCUGUAUAGAGUGGAUCACACACUCUGUUUUUAAAGUGAAAACUCGUCUCCCGUUUUCAUGGCCACCCCUCCCUACCCAACCCCGAAACCUAGCACGGCUAGAAAGCCAUGGUUUCUCCCGCCUCUCUCACACGUAUGCACCAGCCCAUAAAAAGCGGCAAGCCAAAAAAGAAAAAAUUCACAGCUUUUGCUGAGCUCCUUUGUUCUUGGUCACAUGAUUGUAUUUUUAAAAAAAUUCAUUGAUUCUGGGGUUUUUUCCCCAGUUCUUAUCAGAUGACUGCUAAGACGUUGAGUUGUGGAACCCAGCAAGGAUGUCUUCAGCCAAGCAGUACUUUAUGCAGAGGGUGAGGAUAUUUUGAAACAGACAAUCCUGCUCCCAUGGUAUAGAUGCUUAUUUAGCUUCCUCUCGGCUAAAUGGGUCUUGCAGGUUGGUGUCUUUCAGGAGCCUGCCAAACCUAUUGAACCAGAGGCAAAAAAAACCCCCAAACAAACAGAACCUUGUGCUGAGUCUUUUGCAUGGAUGUUCUCUCUCUCAAACUACUUUAAGCUUUCCCAAAGAUUUCUUUCCUGUCCACCCAUCUCUAUCCACCUCUCUCAGAGAAGAAUGUUUAAACAUGACAUUGUGGGGAGUUUGUAGGUAUACUUAGAUGCUAGCGCUCCAGCUGCGAGGCGGAUGAUCCCAACCCCUUGGGAGGUGUCACACUUAAAUGCUUUUGGCCAUUCCCCAAUUCGGGUGCGGAAUGUUUCUUUCUUGCCAGGCUGCAGAGAGUAAGGUUUCUGAUUUCUUCUAACUUGCACAGAUCCAAGUAGCUUAACCUCUUUUCCUGCUGGCGACGUCAUCCAUUUCCAGAGGGUCUUCUGUUAGUCUUUGUUUUUCCACUCUCUGAUCAAUGAACGAAGCAAUAUACGUCCGUUUAAAACCUAGGCCGUGCUCCUAGCUCUCAUGAGGGUAGCAGGAUCAGUCCUUUUUAAAAGGGAAGGCAGUCUUUGCUUUGAGACUAGAAGGGGGUGGCUCUGAGAAGGGAUUGGACUGAGGAGGGAGGCGCAGCCCGCAACCUUUCCUCGUAAGAUCCCCGUUUCCACCUUCUUUUCGGCUACCUCCUCUGCCCACCGAUACUCCAUGAGUCCACUUCCUCUGGCCCUCUGUUCCACAAUUGCCUUAUUUUUAAGCCAGCUAAGACGGGAGCACUUAAACUAUCCAGGGGAGAUGGUUCUAGAGAACGAUCUGUUCUGAUGUUCCCUCCAGCGCUGUUGGAUUUCGGACAACCGAUGUCCGUUCGCUCAACAGUCCCACCUUUACGCUCGGCAGCCCCAGCUGAGCCCGAGCCACAAGGCAAGAGAGGCUGACCGUUCAGCCUGGGUGAUGCUGGGCUUGUUUUUUUGGGGGGGAGAGAAAGAACAGGACACGAAUGCAUCUCAAAAUCAGCCUGCUAUUCGAAAUCUUUGCAUACAGUCCCUGGCACUGGUGCUUGUCAGAAUCAGGGGCCUCUCUCCUUGGGCAAAAGGGCUACUGGGCCAACAAGCCACCACGAUCCAUAACCCACCCGAUUUAAAGGCCAGGCGAGCAGCAGAGCCAAAGGGAUAGAUUCAGAGCGGUGGGGGUUGAGAAAGCGGCGCUCAUUGCUGGGGAGGGAUGUAGAGGGAGGGGAGUCAUGGAGGAUGCCGGGGGAACGGUCCCUGUCACAUCUCGACCCUGGGGCUUCGCUCGCGGCCCGUAAAGCAAGGAAGGGGCUGAGUGAGGAACAGGGGUGUGUGUGUGUGAUAGGAGCUGUGCGUUCGCAUAGAAUGAUAGAGGCAUCAGGUGGGUGAAAAAACUUGGGUGAGGUGCAGAGCUGGUGGCCCGGAGAGCUCCAGGGGUAGCGUUCCCCACUUUUUGAGAUGCUACCCGGCUGUUUGAGCUCAGACCUAAGAAUAUGUUUCUUUUGGCUUUU